AUGGAGGAGGAGGAGGAGAUAGCAGGGUGGGUGAGUAGUGGAGUAGGAGGAGGGAAAGAGGAGGAGGAGGAGGAAAGGAGAGUGGAGGAGGAGGAGGAGGAGGACGAGGAGGAGGAGCAGCAGUUAGAGGAAGGAGGUCGAGAUGCAACCACCGCCGAGAAUCCCACUACCCAAGAUGGACAAACACCAAAACCGUACAACUCAAACAACAACAACCCCACAAACGCCACCACAAAUACCACGCAAACAAACACCAACAACUCGAAAACAAUGCAACAAAUCAUAGCCAACUCCAAUUCAGCACAACAGACCGCCAACACCAACACUGUCCCCCAACCUCAAGUCCUCAACUCAGACACCAAAACGCACAACCAACCUCUUCAACUUCACCACAACCAGACAGAUACAACCACAACAACUUUACAACACCAAAAUCACUCAAAUCUCACAAUAUCACUGAUUCCUCAAUGGACAAAACCGCUGCAAAACUAA